UGUUGUUGUCUUUCUUCGUCUCAUUCUCUUCUUCUUCUGGAGCUGUCUUUUGUUAUCUCUAGUUUCCGUUUGAAAGGAUGUCAGUGAAGCUCUCUCCUCUUCUUUCCCCCGAACCCAAAUCCAACUCACCCACAAAUGGCUUCCUUACAACAACUGCUUGCAGAGGAAGGAAUCGCGCUCGGGAAAUUCCCCAUUUCUCGAAAUCCUGCGAAGCUGAAACAGAGCACUCUACCGGAUGACUCAAUAUCACUCCCCAUAUUCAUCUGCCAUCACCGGAAAACUGUCGCGAAUAAUGGGUCUUCGGUAUUUUCGUCUAAAAGGGUGGGUUCGGAGCGUUCGGUGUUAGGGAGAUCGAAUACCAAGUCAUCGGCGUCGAAGGGUACUUCAAGAAGAGACGAGCCUGCAAUUGACGAAGUCGCCAUUAGAGCGGUGAUUUCUAUCCUCAGCGGAUACGUCGGCCGGUGUUUAAACGACGUGCGUUUCCGGGAAAAUCUUCGAGAGAAGUGUAAGUCUUGCUUGGUGAGAAGGAAAAAAGAACCGGACAAUGGGAUUUUCGUGAACGUGGAGCUCGGAAUUGAGAGCAUAGAGAAGCUGGUGGAGGAGGAUCAAGGAACGACGUCGUCGAGGGAAUUAAGGAUGAAGACGUUGAGGAAUUCGAUUCAGCUUCUGAGCGUUGUUGAUUCGUUAAACUCUGAAAAAUUGAAGAAGGGCUCAACAUGUGGAACACCCAAUUCUCAUAUCUCUGCGUGCGCUCAGCUUUACUUGGCUCUUGUGUACAAGCUUGAGAAAAACGAUCGAAUUUCUGCUCGGCACCUGCUUCAAGCUUUCUGUGAUUCACCAUUUUUAGCUCGAACCCACCUGCUGCCUGAUCUUUGGGAGUAUUUCUUUCUUCCGCAUCUUCUCCAUCUUAAGAUAUGGUACACAAAUGAAGUUGAAGCUCUCUCCACCACAGAUUAUGCUAAGGAGAAGAAAAUGCAGGCCCUGAGCAAAAUUUACAGCCAGCAAAUGGACAAGGGAACGGCUGAAUUUGCUCUGUACUAUAAAAAGUGGCUUAAAGUUAGUGUGAAGGGGCCUCCAGUUCUUCCUACUGUGCCUUUUCCGGCAAAACCAAGAAUUGGAUCGUCAAGAAGGAGAUCCUCAGAUUCUUACAGUUCGCUUCCCUCCACCAAAAAUAACUUAUACCGAGAAGUAUUCGGCUCCAGCCUUGAGCGAAGAUCCAUGGACUUUGUUCAACAAAUUGGAGCUUCAAUCAACACAUGGGAUUUGGAGGAAAAGGAGAAAUUGUGUACUGAUGAAGAUAACUGCAUUUUUGUUCAUAAAGGAGAUGGGAGACAUAGAAGGACAUCAAGACAAAGCUGUGGAGAUUCAAGGGCUCAACUAUGGCCAGAGACACAAAAAACAGAGUAUUUCCGGUUUCUUCCCUGCCGAACUCUGCCAACAGAAAGCUUAGUGGAUAGAAAGCGUACAGCCAAGAAUGGUUUAGUCGGAAAGGAAGAAAACGGCCACUCAAAUGAUUUAAGCAGAGCUAUUUACAUUGUUUGCUCAUCAGAUAUUCUAAGCGAGUGUGAAAUUGCAAUUCGUGUAAUCGCCAAAGCCUGGCUGGACUCGCAUGGUGAUCCUGUCGUUGAAGCUGCAUUAUCAGAAGCAUCCAUUAUCGAGGGGAUGCUGGAGGUUCUAUUUGCUUCUAACGAUGGUGAAAUUUUAGAGUUAGUUAUAUCGAUUUUAGCAGAAUUCGUAGGGAAGAACGAAAUGAUUAGGCAGAUUACACUCAAUUAUGAUCCACAGCUUAAAAACUUCAUGAGACUUCUGAGAAGCAGCAGUCUGUUUUUGAAGGCUGCUGUUCUGCUUUACCUAGCAAAGCCAAAGGCAAAACAGAUGAUAUCAAUUGAAUGGGUGCCACUAGUUCUUCGAGUGUUGGAAUUUGGAGACCAAAUGCAGACCCUUUUUAGAGUUCAGUGCAGCCCUCAAGUGGCUGCAAUUUACUUCUUAGACCACCUUCUGACAGGUUUUGAUGAAGAUAGAAACUUAGAGAAUGCUAGACAGGUGGUUUCUCUUGGGGGAUUGAACCUACUGGCUCAACAAAUUGAUAGUGGGGAUAUUCAUGACAGGAGAAAUGCUGCUUUGAUCAUGUCCUGUUGCAUUCGAGCAGAUGGGAGCUGUCGAAAUUACUUGGCUGAAAAUUUGAACAUGGCUUCCCUUCUUGAACUUAUUGUUCUUGAGAGCCGCAAGAAUUGUAGCAGCUGUGCUUUUGCUUUGCUAGCCGACUUACUUUGCCUUAACAGAAGAACACAGGUGAUAGAAUUAUUAGACAGAUUGAAUCAAGGAUGGAGUAGCUUGAACACCACACACAUUUUAUUAGCCAGCCUCCUGAGAGCCCCUCCAGAAGAAUACCCACUGGUCGCAGCAAUCUUACUGCAGCUUGAUCUUCUGGGUAAUACUAUGGAGUGCAGUGUAUACAGAGAAGAAGCAGUUGAGGCAAUGAUAGCAGCUUUGGAUUGUCAAAUAUGUAGCAAUAAGGUUCAAGAACAAUCAGCAAGAGCUCUUCUGAUGUUGGGAGGCCGCUUUUCUUUUUCUGGAGAGGCAUCAUUAGAAAGAUGGCUUUUACAGCAAGCAGGUUUCCAUGAGACUGCAGGGGAUUCCUUUCAGAGCCAGGAAUUUGUCAUUGAUGGGUUUUUCAUGCAGUCGAAUGAAGAGGAAAAGGCAACAGAAAAUUGGCAAAAGAAAGUAGCCACUGUCUUGUUCAACAGUGGGAAGAAGAGAUUAUUGGCUGGCCUUUCAGAUUCCAUAGCCAAUGGCAUCCCAAGCUUAGCAAGAGCAAGUAUGCUUACCGUUACUUGGAUGGCCAGCUUCCUCCAUGUGGUUGGAGAUGAAAAUUUGCACUUCAUGGCAUGCUCAAUUCUCAUGCCUCGGUUGCUAGAAUCCUUGGAUUACAAUAAAGAUGUGGAGGAAAGAGUGUUGGCUUCAUACUCACUACUGUGUCUCUUCAAGAGUUCAGAACAUGUUUCAUUGCUCUCAUCAUGGGAUAAAGACUUGAUCAGCAAGCUUCAGAAUCUCUCCAUGGUAACAUGGACAGCAAAUGAGCUUGUUUCAAUAUUAACAAGCAGGUGGAGGCAUCAGUAUUUGCCCAAGUAGACAAAUGCAAGCAAAUCAUCAAAUAUUGAACUUCCUUUUUGUGGGCCAUUCAUUGUAUCUGGAGAGGAUUAUAAACGUUGUGUUGAUGUAAUAUAUCCUCAUUAGGGUUUUCUUUUU